AUGCUAACAACUGAAAUCAGUGAGGCACGUCAAAAAAUGAAAGCUUUUGAUGAAAUUGAUUUGAAACGAUGGGAAGAUAUCUUAAACCAUCUUAAGAAGUUGGCAGCUUUUACAGUUACUCUCAAAAACAUAAAUAAUGGGCUCGAAUUGUUAGUUACUGGAGAAGACGUGGAAAAUGACUCACCUUUAGAAAAUAUCGAUCGACACCGUAAUGGCCUUAUACCAAUCACUUCUCCACAACUUCAAAAUACUUAUCAUAAUCGGAAUAAUUCUGAAAUGAUGUCAACGACAUUAAACAACUUUAGUUCUACAAAUAACGUAGAAUCAAAUGAAAUUCGAAGCUCGAUUGCGUCGGCGAACACUGAAUCUAUUGGUCGGACUGGAGAUGCUGGACGUCACAACAAUGAAAGACCAACAACUACAUUGAAAAAAGCUGCCACUCGUGAAAUAACUGAAUAUACAUUACCAACAGAUUCUGGCGGGAAAAUAAGUCAUGCUAUUAUAUGUACAAUUGAAGAUACAAUUGCACGAUGGCAUCGUAUGUGUGGUGAUGCUCCUCUUUGGGUUCCUGAUUGUAACCAUGCUGGUAUAGCAACACAAGUUGUUGUUGUUGAAAAAAAUUAA